GUGAGGAGAAGCGGCUCAGAAAAUGUAUGGAUGUAUGGAUGGAUAAAUUAACGCGUGUGCUGGGCGGAUGUGAUCACAACAGGGUUGCGUCGUGGCAUUCUACUUCCGGGUGUACAGAGCGGACCGGCUCUACGUACCCGGGGAAGCAGCCUGAAAACAGUACCGUACAUUUUGGUUGUCAGAAGACGCUUCGGUGUUUGGAUAAAGGAGGCUGUUAACUCUUUUGUGGAGCCGCGGUUGUGUUAAGGUGCCUUUCCAAACCGGUCGAAGAGGUUUUGAUGUAGGUCGGGGCGUUUCCGGUCCGCUUCGGGCUGCACAUGGAGUUUGAAUGAAUGGUCUGCAAGUUGCUGUCUGGGAUGGAGUGUACGGUAUGAGCAUGAUGUGGAAAAUAAUAAGUGGACAAGUGUAUUUUAGUGUGUUACGAGUGAAUCUCGGGUUGUGUGUGUGCGGGAUUUCAUGAGUGUGCGCGGAGAGACGGCAGUCACAGCGAGCUGGCUAAAUGUUUUCGAUGGAUCAACUGGACGUUGGCUAAAAGACUGAGGUUUGUUAUGGGGUUUUGAGUUUAGGGCGGUUUAGGCUAUUAGAAGGAAUGAAAUCUCUUUGUCACACUAUCGUCCAAGUACAAAAUAUCAAAGUAAUAUCACAGAGGAUCAGAAACAGGCUCUUAGGCUGGGUUAGGGCGUGUUCUACUGGGAUAUAGUAGCCAAUCAUAGUGCAGUGGUGCGUGUCCAGGAGCUUGUAAUAUUGGAGCAGGGCGCGUCCUGCCUGGAAAUCGUGUGGGUUUUCUAAUAACGCGGAUAUAACUUGCAAUUGCAAACCGCCGAAGAAGAAUAAGAAGCAAAAGAAGAAGGACGAGACAAACUACUACUUCAACAUGCAGACGACGGUGGAAAACCUUGAGGGAAUGUUUUCAAAAGCAGAAGCUGACCUGGAUGUCAUCGAGAAGCGCCUGAAGCUGGACCUGAUCAACCGGACUGCUGAGAAUGGAUUCUCCCAUGAGGAGAGCUCAAUUGUGAUGAUGGAGAGACUGAGGGCCAUUAAAGACAAACACACUGUGUUGCGCUCCCAGAUGACUGAGAUUGCAGCUGCACAAAAAGUGUCCAUGUUCUCCAUUCAAGACCACCUCAACAGUAUCAUUGCACUGGUUCAACACUUUCAACGGACAACUGGUGUGGAGGUUCAUUCUGUGGCAGUGCAGCAGUUGGAAGAGUUGUCGUUUAACACUGUUAGUGAGAGCACGACAAAGUGAUUGAGAGCUGUUGAAGAUGGAGCACACUGCCAAGCCAACGGCCCACCAGGAUGCUCCUUUCACCGUCCAACAUAAUGUAACUCAACAGCUGGUGACGAUUAACAAUCUACAGUAGAUUUGUAUUUUUCUGUGUUUUUAACUGAGUAUAAUGGAUACAUUAAUUCCCUACUCUGCCAAGACAAAGUUUUUUUUUUUUUAAAGAAGUGAGACUUUUUUUUCCAAGUUGCAGAACCACAGUAUAUACAGUGGGUGCGGAAAAUAUUCAGACCCUCUUAUAUUUUUCACCCUUUAUGUUGCAGCCAUUUGCUAAAAUAAUUUACAUUUUUUUUCCCUCAUUAAUGUACACAUAGCACCCCAUAUUGACUGAAACUUAAAUGAUUUUAGCAAAUGGCUGCAAUAUGACAAAGAGUGAAAAAUUUAAGGGGGUCUGAAUACUUUCCGUACCCACUGUAUUGCAGCUAGUUGGUAGCUGUCAGUUUGGAAAAGUGGAGGUGAAUUCAUUUUAAAGUGCUGGCCUUUCCUUUGUUUGAAAGGAAGCACCUUUUCCUCGCUCCUUGAUCCGAAGACGUUUGACGCAUUUGUUGAGGACAAGUGGUAUAACAGCAGGAAAUUUGGCUUUUCGAAGAUCCCCCUCUACAAUAGUUUUUUCUGUACAGUGUUUUUUGUUUGUUGUUUGACCAAACUGUUAGAACUAUUAGCGUUCUGGAAACCUUGAUGGUGUUUUUGUAUCAAUCUUUUAAUAAAAUAAAAGAGGAAACCAUCACUGACAAUAGUGUGUCCUGUCC